GUGGAAAGACACAACCCCACCCACAUCUUCGUUUUUUUUUUUUUCCCCCCCGGUGGAUUCGAACCGCCGACUCUACCCCGUCACAGAUGCGCCCCCCUUCUUCAGCGGUCGCAUCGCGCGUAAAAUCGGACCGAGGGAGACCCAUGGCGUGCACAUGAGUAAACUUGAAGCCUCGGUUCUCCUUUAAAUUUCCUCCGUGUCUGGACUGCCACUACGAUCAGCAGCAGCGGCGCCGCUUCAUGUUGUGGUCGGGAAUACGCAUGCGCCCGGCAUUGGAAUUACUGCACUGGCAAGAAUAAGUUGGAGCUCGCCUGUCUUCACUCAGAGAAAAAUAUACAUAUUUCACAUUUUCAAGUAUGGUAGUGUUCAGAAUAAGGAGAAUGAGGUGUCUGUGCGUGUGGCUGCUGCCCUUCACAGUGGCUGUGGUGUGCGCCCAAAGUGUCGGUGUCAAUGACCCUAGCAAUAUGUCUUUGGUCAAGGAAACGGUGGAUAGACUGUUGAAAGGUUAUGAUAUACGAUUGAGGCCAGAUUUCGGAGGUGCUCCGGUUGAAGUUGGGAUGAAUAUAGACAUAGCCAGCAUAGACAUGGUAUCAGAAGUCAAUAUGGACUACACAUUGACAAUGUACUUCCAGCAGGCCUGGCGAGACAAGCGUCUGUCCUACUCCGAGAUCCCCCUCAAUCUGACCUUAGAUAACCGGGUGGCCGACCAGCUCUGGGUCCCUGACACCUAUUUCCUCAACGACAAGAAAUCGUUUGUCCACGGUGUCACAGUGAAAAACAGAAUGAUUCGACUGCACCCAGAUGGCACCGUGUUGUACGGUUUAAGGAUCACCACAACUGCCGCGUGCAUGAUGGACCUCAGGAGGUAUCCACUGGAUGAGCAGAACUGCACACUUGAGAUCGAAAGUUACGGAUACACCACAGAUGACAUUGAAUUCUCCUGGCGAGGUGGAGAUAAUGCUGUGACAGGAGUGGACAAGAUUGAACUGCCACAGUUCUCCAUCGUGGAUCAUAAACUCAUCUCCAAGAACGUUGUCUUCUCCACAGGUUCAUACCCUCGUCUUUCUCUGAGUUUUAAGCUGAAGAGAAACAUUGGAUACUUCAUUUUGCAAACAUACAUGCCUUCUAUCCUCAUCACUAUCCUCUCCUGGGUCUCCUUCUGGAUCAACUAUGAUGCCUCUGCUGCCAGGGUGGCUCUAGGGAUCACCACGGUGCUGACCAUGACAACCAUCAACACCCACUUGAGAGAAACGCUCCCCAAAAUCCCGUACGUCAAGGCCAUAGACAUGUACCUCAUGGGAUGCUUCGUCUUUGUCUUCCUGGCUCUGCUGGAGUACGCGCUGGUAAACUACAUCUUCUUCGGUCGAGGUCCUCAGCGCCAGAAAAGGGCAGCUGAAAAACUCAUGACAGCCAACAAUGAAAAGCUGAGGAUGGAUCCCAACAAGUGGCUGGUGGGUAAUGUCGUUGGCAGAGAUGACACUUUGUAUGCAAGAAUGAAGCAAAGGGAUCUUGAUGGCCAUGACUCAAUGUGGGAACCGAUCUUCGUAGAUGAUGCUGCCAUUGGACUUGGCGAUCAAAAGAACAAGAUGGACACACAUGAAAACAUCCUUUUGGGCACCCUGGACAUCAAGAAUGACAUGGGUGUUACAGAGUUGGCCCUGGGUCUCAACGACCCGCGGAAUACCAUGCUGACGUACGACAGCUCAACGCUACAAUAUCGUAAAGCUGGCUUGGCAAGGCACAACUUUGGCCGGAACGCACUGGAACGCCACAUGACUCAAAAGAAGAGCCGGUUACGGAGGCGCGCCUCACAGCUGAAGAUCACAAUUCCCGACUUGACUGAUGUGAACUCGAUUGACAAAUGGUCGAGGAUGAUCUUCCCAACUGUUUUUUCCUUUUUCAACAUUGUUUACUGGCUUUAUUAUGUCAAUUAGAAGAAACAAGAAGGACAUCAGCGGGGAGGGCAAACAGCAAAAUAUGUCGCUCAUUUCUUCUCCAUAACUAGUUUGUUUGAUAUUCAUGUGAUCUUACAACACCGUCUACAGAACGGAAACUAUUGUAUCGGAGUACUUUGUUUGCUAAUAAGUGAUCUAGGAAAGAGACUAUAAUCAUAAGGUGCCUGUUCCAGAGUAAUCAUUUAUAAUUUCACAGUUUUAUGAAUUGUUGAUUUUGAAUUUUUUCUAAUGUUUUUAUUGUGUAUGGU